CUUUCUAGCAAAAAAAAAAAAAAAGAAAAAAGAAAAAAGCUUUGGCCUUUGUUCCUAGGAGGAGCAAUAUACCCAGAGUGACCAGCAGCAACCACAACCGCUUCUUCUUCUCCCUCCUCAUCUUCCCAUUGAUCAUAUCCUUCAUUAUCUGCCCCCCCCCUAAUCACAAAUCCAUUAACUUUGCAUACAAAUCUCUUCCUCAAUCCCAAGAGGUAUAUUAUCAACCUGUUUCUAAUUUGUCGGCAACAACAACAACAAACAAAUCUACACCAUUUCUAAUUCUGGGUUCUGUGAAUUUCUUCUGUUGGGGGGGAGAGAGAGAGAGAGAGAGAGAGCUUCUGGGUAUCGUUUAAUGGAGAAGGGGAUCUUGUUGCUGCUAUUGGGCAUGAUGUUUUCGAAUCUAACGUUCGCCGCCGUCGACGAUUUCACCGUUAGGGUUCCGUUUUGUGCUACGAGGUCUACUAAAGAUUACAUCUUUGGGUUUCGAGAUCAGACUUGUCCUGUUUCUGGUGUUGAAUCAGCCGAGCGACCUCAUUUUGUUGUCGUCACCGAGGGUGAUGAGCGUUGGUUGCAAAUAGCUUUGGAUAUGAUCCAUAAGAACAAGUGUGACUAUGUGGCUUUGCUCUUCUAUGCAUCAUGGUGUCCUUUCUCAAGAUCAUUUAGACCGAGCUUCGAUGUUAUCUCUUCUCUCUUCUCCUCUAUUCCUCAUUUUGCGAUUAAGGAAUCAUCCGUUAAGCCGAGCACCCUUUCCAAGUAUGGAGUUCAUGGGUUUCCCACGCUCUUACUUUUGAAUUCGACUAUGCGGGCACGGUACCGAGGAACCAGAAUGCUUGAUUCUCUUGUUGCUUUCUAUAGUGAUGUUACCGGCAUCGAAACGCUGGAUAAAACUUCUCUUGAGAGAAGCGUAUUAGUUCCUCAUCUCGAGAACGAAAACAACACUGAGCCAGAAAACUGCCCCUUUACAUGGGCAAGAUCACCCGAGAAUAUGCUUCGACAAGAGACCUAUCUGGCUCUUGCCAUUGUAUUUGUCCUCUUGAGAUUGCUCCACUUGAUAUACCCUACGCUCGUUGUGUUUAUGAAAUUCACUUGGAGACGGAUUGCUCAGAACAUGAGACUGGAAAGCCUGCUAGAACAUACAGUUGGGUUUCUGAGCCGAGCUGUACAAUUAUGCAUGCACAGGAGGAGCAAUCUGCAGGGAGGAGCCAUGAACGCCAGAGCAUGGGCCUCCAAGUCUCUGGCCACUGUCUCAAUUGGGGAUUCAAGCUCAUCAAACAGAGGAAGUUCAGCUUCUCAGUGACUUCGAGAAAUUCUAUAAUAUAGCAAAUGUGGUCAGCUAAAAUGUUUUUGGCUGUAUCAGCCGUCUGUUACAGCUUUUCAGGAAAAGUUUUGCCUCUUUUCUGUAUAAUCAGCAGUUCCUCUAGACCAACAACUUUGGAGAGGGCUUAAUUCAUAGCUGAACAUUUUGUAGUAGAAGUGUAUAUGUCAUCAGAUGGCAAGAUUAUAAAGUCAAUUCA